AUUUAAAUUUUUUGUCUCUGACAACACCAUACAAAUUGUGCGACUGAUAGCUAAUGAUUGCUUGUUUGUUGAUGUAACGGAAAAAUUGUAUUUAUCGUAAUUUACCGAAAGAUUGUUGAAUGUUUUAAUUUUAUUGUUUAUAUAUUUAACCUUCACCUUAUCUGAACAUCAGAAGCAAUGAGUUUUAAUUUUGGAAGCCCAACAACAUCGGCGGGAACUUUUGGCACAACUACCCCUUCCACAGGAUUCUCGUUUGGAGGUGGGGAUGCAAAUAAAUCACUAUUCGGAGGUGCAAAUGCAGAGAGCAAACCAGCUUUCAAUUUCUCUAGCACAAGCUCUGCGCCGGGUGGAUUUUCAUUCGGAGCUAAAACCACUGCCGUAACCACUUUGUUCUCAUCACCUGCGACAACUACAAGUUCACUGUUUGGUGCUAGCAAACCGUUGAGCUUUGGCGGUUUUAGUUCACCGCCCAAUCAGACAGUUGGCAGCCCUGGGUUCGGACAGCCCGCUAACCAGAAUGCGCAGCCGCAAAACAUGUUUGGCGCCACGACACAGGCACAAGCCGCAACACCAGCCUUCGGUACUCCCGCUAUACAAGCUGCACCUGCAUUUGGUUCGCCAGCUGGUGGGUUCUCUUUCGGCAAGCCGGCUACAACCACGUCAGCAUUCAGUUUCAACACACCUACUUCAGGGUUCUCAGCACCGCAGCAAGCUCUGACGGCUACAACAUCAACUGCUCCUCAAACGACCAAAUCAGGUUUUGGCACAACCACGGCGUCAACUUUGAGCUUCGGGUCCAGCGGCUUUGGCGCCAAACCGGGAGCUUUCAGUUUCGGGAAUAAUCAGCAAGCGCCCGCGUUCGGUGCCGCUGCGGCCACUACUGCUAAUGCAGCGCCUGCAUUCGGCACCCCAGCUCAGUCGACGUUCAGCCUCGUGCCGCAAACCACGGCUCAGCCGAGCAGUCAGGCCGGGCCGGGCGCGACGUCAGCCCCGGGCGUUGGUUUCGGCUCGUCGCAAGCCCAAGCUGCGAUGACGCCCGCAUUCGGCGCCGCGACCAGCCAACCCGCCGGACUCGCUUUGGCCGCGACAACACAAUCGGGCUUCAGUUUCGGCAGCCCGGCGCCCACAUCGGCCGCCACCGGUCUCAACCUCGCCACUACUCAGCCCCAACCUGGGCUUAAUUUUGCCACAACCACGGCACAACCGACGCAAGCACUCACGUUCAGCGCAGCGACGAGCCAACCUGCAGGGCUUGGUUUCGGCACUAGCACAGGCCAACCAUCCGCCAUGGCUCCGUUCAGUGCUGCGACAAGUCAACCCGGCGCUUUCAGUUUCGCCAAAACUACCACCCCGGCUACAACGAGUCUGGGUUUUGGUACGACGCCGACCUCAGCGCCCAGUUAUCCGGCUACCACGGCUCAAAGCACUGGGCUUAGUUUUGGCGCAACGACCACGGCUCCGGCAUCGACUGGGCUUAGUUUUUCCGCAGCAACCACAGCUCAAACUUCAACGGGGCUUAGUUUUGGGACCACGACGACGUCAACGGGACUCGGAUUUGGAGUAAGCUCGGCGGCUACCAUUCAGCCCACGACGGGGAUUAGUUUUGGUACGACGUCGGCUCCGUCGACUCAAACUGGGCUCAGUUUUUCGAGUAGUGCGUCGACUGGGCUUAGUUUUGGCGUAAAAUCUACUACAACAGCUGCUUCCUCAACAGCUUCUACCACGGCCCCGUCGGGCAUCACGGCUCUCGGUAAGACCACGACCACCACAAUGCCAUCACUGACCACCGCUAUCACAACGCCAGCACUAAACCCGCCUCAGCCGAUAGCGUCUAUAACCUUUGCACAGCUCGAGGAGAACAUCAACAAGUGGACCCUGGAACUGGAGGAGCAGGAGAGGACGUUCAUCAACCAGGCCACGCAGAUCAACGCUUGGGACACCUUGCUCAUUGCCAACGGAGAAAAGAUAGUGGAACUGAAUGAUGCUGUGGAGACAGUAAAGAAUGAGCAGCAGUCCUUAGAACAUGAGCUGGACUUUGUGUUAGCGCAGCAAAAAGAGCUAGAAGACCUCCUCACGCCCAUGGAGAAGCAACUACUGGAGGACAACGUGGACCGUCUACGCGACCCCGAGAGGGAACACAUGUAUUCGCUGGCGGAAAAUUUGGACACACAACUGAGGCAGAUGUCCGAGGAUUUGAAAGAAGUUAUUGAACAUUUGAACGAGACUAAUAGAAGUCAGGACAGCAGUGAUCCUAUCGUCCAAAUUGGCCGCAUACUCAACGCCCACAUGUCUUCAAUGCAGUGGAUAGACAACUCCAUCGCCCAAAUUUCAACAAAAUUGGACCAACUGAAGGCAACACACGACACACUGCGCAGGGACAACGAGAGAUCCUUCCAGCUCACGUACAACUGAACCUGAAUGUACUGUUUAUUAUUGAUAUGUCUGUGAUUUAAUAAAGGCUUUUCUUCUAA